CCAGCUCUUCCAUUAUCAGAUGUUACAGAUCAGGCCCGGGGUUAAUGUGCACACACCGGCUUUCUUUGAGGAAAGUCACCGGGGAGUGUUUUAAUGGUUAACCCCGCAGCUCGGUUAUUAGUUAGUGUUAGCGACACAACAACAGCCGCUAUGUUAACUUCGAUUGUCCUCAGCAAAACGCGUUAGCCUCGUAGCUAAAGCUAGCUACGGUGGCAAGCUGUUAACAUUAAUGUUAGCUUACUGGUGCAAAGCAAGUCAUAUGUGUUGAACAAAAUGUGUCGGUGUCAGAAUGCUAAGCAGCGCUAACCCUCAGCGGAGCUGCUGUAGCUAGCUGUUAGCCGUGUUAGCUAACUUAGUGGUUGGCUGCCUCACACCAACAAAGUUGUUGGAUGUUCCUGCAGAGUGGCUGUCCUUUGUUCUGACUGAACAUGGUGUUGAUGGGGUAGCUUAGCAUUGCGUUUAGAACCAGCCAGUGUGAUCUAGACAGCAGGGUUUUAGACAUGUACUAACAAAGAUUGGAUUUAACGUUUGUUUGAACCAUCAUUACUUUCAAUAGCUCAAUAUUACGGCAACGAUUUGUCAAUGCAACUUACUACAAACUAGUUGCAGCGAUUUGCAAGUAAAAUGUUUUCAUUCUUUCGUUUGCAUUUUUAGUUUUGAAAAGUAGUUGUGGGUUUAAACAGAGAGCAAGAGGAAAGGAGCAUAGCACAUAUCAUGAAUGAACCACAGGCUUCUCCUUCAUCUCACAUUUCUGCCUGCAGACUUUUAGCACUUUUAAGACUUUUUAACUAUGUCUUCAGCACCAUGCAUUAUGUUUCAUUGAGAUGGCACCGUUUGAUUUUACCAGCCCAUCAUUACUGAUGUAUUGCAUUUUGUUUUUAAUCUAGAUUAAUAUCCAAUUAAGUGUACCAUUUAUUUUGUAUAGCACAGUACUGUAUACAGUGUUUCAAUGGGCAUUACAGAACUACAAUACCCAAGCCUUCUAAAAGUGGAGGGGGGAAAUAAAAGAAGAGAGUUCCUGUUGGUGCCGAUGGUGACAUUAGACGUGGGUGAUGUAGCUGGAUCCUGCUGUUGAGUGUGCUUUGGGAUCAUGAUGUAUUAUCACAAACCUGAUCAAGCAAACUACUUUUGCAAAUGAGUUCCUGCUUGCUUACAGGACGUGUGUCCUAUCACUGAGGCCACAUGUGUAUCUGGAGAGAUGGAUCGUUGUAAACACGUGGGACGCCUUCGUCUGGGCCAGGACCAUUCUAUCCUCAAUCCACAAAAAUGGCACUGUGUUGACUGCAGCACCACCGAUUCAGUUUGGGCCUGCCUCAAGUGCUCCCACGUGGCCUGUGGUCGUUUCAUGGAGGAGCACUCGCUGAAACACUUUGAGGAGUCGCACCACCCUCUGGCUAUGGAAGUGCGUGAACUGGAUGUCUUCUGUUUCGCCUGUGGAGACUAUGUACUCAAUGACAAUGUGGAGGGUGACCUCAAACUCCUCAGAGGAGCACUCUCAACUGUCCGCAGCCCGGGUAGACGCUCACUACGCUCCUCCGCUGGGGGGGAAUGCACCCCGUGGGUGGGGGAAGGUGGGCCACAGCCUGCCAUGCAGCUGGCUCUCCGUCACAGGAGGAAAGCACUUCUCGGGAAGAUGCUCCAGGUGUGGAUCAGCAAACAUCAGGAGCUGCAGAACCAGCGUAAGGAGAAACUUGAGGAAGCCAGAAGACAGAAAAAAGAGGUAAAGAGGAGACUCAUGGAAGAGCUCGGCAAUGUUCCACCCAGAAAGAGCGCUCGGCUUCUUACUCAGGCUCCACGCUCAACCAUCACACUCAUUCCUCGCAAAUUUCGCGACCCUCCAGAACGCCUACCUCCUUCUCCACCCAAGAAGCCUUCCCUCCUCCCCCUGUCCCGUAAGGCUCCUCAGAAUGGCAGAGCUGCUAAACUGAGGAGAUACUACUCCGCACACACGGUAACUCGCCGGAGACUUGCUCCAGGUGUUACCGGUCUGCGCAACUUGGGAAACACGUGCUACAUGAACUCAAUAUUGCAAGUGCUUAGCCACCUGCAGAAAUUCAGGGAGUGUUUUCUCACUUUGGACCUGUGUGAGACUGAGGAGUUACUGGCCAAGACCAACCACUCCCAGCAGGGGAUGACGGGUGGUGUAGUGAACAGUGGGAACACGUCACUGGCAGGAUGCCCUCUUGGACGCAUGGGGAAGGCGGGCAGUUGGAACUUACCCCCCAAAAAAGAAAGUGACCCUCCUCCCACACAGGCUGCAGAGUUGGUCCAGCCAAAGGAGCCCCGUUGCUCCACCCGCCAGCAGAUGUCUCUGUGCCAUGAAUUACACACACUUUUCAGGGUCAUGUGGUCAGGCCGCUGGUCUUUAGUGUCCCCCUUCGCCAUGCUGCACUCCGUGUGGAACCUCAUCCCGGCCUUUCGUGGCUACGACCAGCAGGACGCCCAGGAGUUCUUGUGUGAACUGCUGGACAAGGUGCAGCAGGAGCUGGACACAGAGGGGUCCAAGCGGAGGAUAGUUAUCCCCAUCACAAAGAGGAAACUUUCCAAGCAGGUGCUAAAGGUUCUGAACACCAUCUUUCACGGGCAGCUACUCAGCCAGGUUACAUGUCUGUCCUGUAAGCACAAGUCAAACACCGUCGAGCCAUUCUGGGAUUUAUCUUUGGAGUUUCCAGAGCGAUACCACAGUAUAGACAAAAGCUCAGGCUCCACAGCUUACCAACGCAGCUGCACCCUCACUGAGAUGCUGUCCAAGUUUACAGAGAUGGAGGCUCUUGAAGGCAGAAUCUACGCCUGCAACCACUGCAACAAAAGAAGACGGAAAUCCUCCCACAAACCCUUAGCUCUGUCAGAGGCACGUAAACAGCUUCUGAUCUACCGUUUACCUCAGGUUUUACGGCUGCACCUCAAACGCUUCAGAUGGUCUGGGCGGAACCAUAGGGAGAAAAUCGGCGUACAUGUGGCCUUCGACCAAGUUCUGAACAUCAAACCAUACUGCUGCACGGGCUCAGAUCACUCUGUCCACAGAGGAGGCUACACCUACGAUCUAUCUGCUGUAGUUAUGCAUCAUGGGAAAGGCUUCGGCUCAGGGCACUACACUGCAUACUGCUAUAACACAGAAGGAGGUUUCUGGGUCCACUGUAACGACUCUGACAUGAAGGUUUGCAGUGUGGAGGAAGUGUGUAACACUCAGGCAUAUAUUCUCUUCUACACCCAGAGGUCGGCCUAGGUACCGCUCACUGUGAUGUCCACCUGUAUGCGGCAGCCAAUAGCUGCAUUUAUGAAAAUGUUCUCUGAUGUUUUCCCAGAAGUUAUAGAAAUAAUCACUUAUAAAAAGACUUCCUAUAAAAGAUGGAAAAGAGGGCAGUAAGACAGCCUCGAUUAUGAGGCAAGGUGAGAAUUUGAGCAGACGAUGGUAUACUGUAUUGUUGCCAAGGACAAAUUGGUGAUUUGAACUAAAGUAUUCUGCUGAACAUCUUUUAGAUUUUAUUUUUAUCUUUAAACACACAAAAACCAUUUCAUUAAUGAGACCACAGGCCCCUCAGCCUUUGGUACCAGCAUAUUGGUUAACAGCCUGAAGACUUAGGGAGCAGGUCUUUCUCUCUCCUGCUUAUCACCGAGUUGUGUGUCCGUGUUUCUUCAUUUUUUAAAACCAGGCUCAUGUCUGUUGAGUCUGGAACUAACCAGGGCCUUUCCUGAGACAGCAUUUUGUUUCAAACAUUUGAAGGCAACACAGAUUUUGGAUUUUUAACUGUAAUUCAGCACAUUCGAUGCCAAUGCUCACUACAUAUGAUAAAAAGUACCAUAAAAGUCUGUGUAUAAGAAGCACUUUAAAAAAUGAAAAGUAGGCUGUGUCUUUUAUACCAGUUCAACCAAUAUGCUGUAUAUUUAUUGGUUGGUUAAACCAGUUUGAAGUGCUGAGUCAUAAACCGUCAUGACCACAAGUGCAGCUGCCAUCAACACACCUGAAUGCAACCUUACAUGAUUGAUGAGCUUCACUGCACAAAUCUCACUGGGAUACAUCGGGACGCCGACCAUGCUGGGGGCUUCUCACAGCGUUUCUCCUUUCAUUAGGUCAUAGACAUGCAUUGCAUGAUAAGGUGGUAUGCUGUUGAGUAAACCUUUUUGAAGUGCUGGUUUGAUUGGAAAGACUCAUCAAUUCAAACAAAAAGUUACCAGCCAAGAUGGGUAGUACGACUCUAUUUGGCCAAUUGUUUGAGUGGAGUGGGUUUCAUACUAAUCUGUUAUUGUUUUCGUUGGCCGAAAGCUUAACUACCUUAUCGGUAGGUAGCCGGAUUGCAAACACCACGAGGAAAAUAGAUGGGUACCAAAAAGAGCGGAAGAGCUACAGAGAAACUGCACAUUUUGAACUUUACUGAGCACCAAUUGAAAUUAUCACGCAGGAAGACCGUUUCCCUUCCCUCUUUCCACUGGGAGUCCACCAGACUGUGUCUUGUAGAUGGGUGCGACUUAUAUUCCAGAUUUUAUGGUACGUCAUUAACAUCAUUGUGUAGUAUAAAGAGGUCAUAUUAUGCCCUUUUUGGGGUUCGUAUAUUUAAUCUAUGUACCUACUAAGGUACAUAGAACUAAUG